GUCCCACCUGAGCUGGGACGAAACACCUUCUGAACUACAGGAGCAAGCAAGAGCCUCACGAGAGUAGUCAGUGGAACUCCCACAACAACAACCUGCUGUUGCUCCUCCUCUCCUCGCGACCGGCUCUCAUCCCCACCCCUCUCCUCCUCUUCUUCCUCCUCCUCCUCCUCCUCCUCCAUCCUCUCCCCGUCUCGCAUUUGAUCCCAUCCCUCACUCCCUGCACCACAGAGGGAGAGCGGGAGCGGAGAGAAGAUUUUCAGAGCCGGGGAGAUAUAUCCACAGUGCAGGCGGUGAAAAAAAAUAUACCGGGUCAAAGAGGAGACGCAGAAUCAGCGAUGGCACUCUCCUUGUGUCUCUGGGCGACUUUGAUGCUGGUUUGGGGAUCUUUGUUGCCCCCGGUUCACCCGGCACUGGCACCUGAGAACGAGGUGCCACUACGCCCAACGACAUGGUUACCGGAAGGAAAGAUCACUUCAGUAACUCUUCCUAAAGGGCGGACUCGAAGGUUAUAUUUCACUCUGAAGAAGAAGACCUCUACGAUGUCGGUGACCGUGAGCCCCUGUCACCUCCCCGUCGAAUGGAGGCUGACCGCUCGCACCCUGAAGGACAAACCGCUCAAAACCCUGCAAUGGAGCACCAAGAAGAGCACGCCUGAGGUGUGGUGGCGGGGUCCUGGCACAGAAGAGAAAAUCUACAGCUUUGCCGGUGAUACGGUGGACACCUACAGCGGCCCCUCCCAUCCCCGUGCUUCCGUUUACAUCCUGAGGCUGCGCUCAAAACAGCAAACCACUAAAGCCACAGUGUUCCUCCACGAAGGCCCGGGGCCCCUCGGCGUCUUCCCUCUACUGCCAGCAGACCCGCGGGUUCAUACGUUAGGUGUGGGUAUGACCAGUGUCACCCUCAGCUGGGCACCCAGUGCCUCAAUAACAAGCCUCCCGAAAGCAAACGACGGUUACGAUUACUGCGUCCUCAUUAACUCUCUGCAGAACUACCCCAGCCUCUGUGCCGCGAAAGAGAGGAAGAAAGAGGAGCAAGACCAGAAUCAAGGGAAGAAGGAGAAAAAGAGGCAAGCGACACCAUGGCCGGUUUUAAAAGACUGGUGGUGGGAGCAGUGGGACAGCUACCCUGAACCCCAGACUGGUCCCUCCUCACUCACAGAUGAUUUUGAUGAUCUUCAGUGCCUGUGUCAGGGCACAGAGAACGUUUGCACCGUCUCUGAGCUCCUGCCUGACACUUCGUACUACUUUGACGUGUUUGUGAUAGAUAAGGUGAACGGGACCAGCGCAGCGUACAAGGGGGCGUUUGCGAGGACACACGAGGAAGCUCGAGCUGCAGUCGUUCCCCUAAGAGAAGGAGAGCUAAGGUGGGUGGACUUUCAGGACGGGGGCUCCAACUCGCAGCAGUUCUUCAGUUUCCGUCCCCGGGGAUGGCAGCAGAGCGGCCUUCUCACCCUGCAGAGCUGUGGGGGCGGCGAAAAGACGACGGUAACUGUGUCCAGUAAGGGACAAAUUUUGACCUCUCAGGGAGUGGGAGCAGAUUUAGCCCACAUCUGGCUCCAAGGAAGUCCUUCCUAUCUCAUCCUCUUGCAACAAGAAGGAACCACCACUAGCCAGAGAACUUCAGUUACAGACGCCGCUCGGCUAGGAGGGUUGAAUGCGUCCGUCAAGAUGCAAGUUUCAUCCGCCUACCACCGCAGAGGGGUCCCAUCUCUGCCCUCCACCUUGCAGAUAAAGUCUUUCAACCGGCUGCGCGGUUGCAACAGCGUCACCCUGGCCUGGAUGGGUACAGAGGAAAGAAGCCUGUACUGUGUGUAUCGCAGAAAGCUCAGUAGCUUUGAUGAAGAGGCUGGGGGAGCAUCGGCUCUGACUGCCCCUUGUCUGGGCCCAGAGUCCCGCUCUGACACUGAAAGGGUUCUCUGCAAGUAUUUCCAAGAGCUGAAUCCUCGACGGGCCGUAACCACAGCUGUGAUCGGGGGCCUGGAGCCAGGAGUGGCCUACGUGUUUGAUGUCUAUCUAAUGAGACGCUGGGGGAUCCCUAUCAAGUAUGCCAGCAAGAUGGUGAAGACCAGAAAGGAAUGCUGAGCUGCCGCCCCCUAGAGGAGGCUUACAAAUUGUCCCGGUUCAUGGGAAAGCGCAUCAGCCCCCGGACAUGCUGUAAAGACAGACCAAGAGCUCAAAGCCAUUUGAUUGUUGUUGGGAGACAUUUUUUCAAAAAUAGGGAAAUGUUCUCUUGAAGAAACAGCGGUCACAUUCAAACUCCACUUUAUCAGUGCAAGGGGAUGGCAAGAAUGUUGGAGGGAUGUAUACACCAGCAAAAGUUCAUAACAUUUCCAAAACAACUUUUGUGCUCUUGUCAUUUUGUUUUUCUUGUUGUUGGCCAUCAUAAUGACAUGCCAGUCGCUCAAGUGCUUCUCUUCUGUGUCCGUGUACAAGGGAGCGGACAAGGUUUGCAAUGGCAAAGAGUCAUUAUAAAAACAACAAAGGAGACUGUGCCAAAUAUGCAACAGAAGCAGAUGGGGCAAUAAUGAAUAGAAGAUCUGAGACGGAGGGAUUCGCAGCGUCUUUCUCCAGAGCUGCAUACUGUACAGGCUAAUAAACACAGGUGGAAACGAUCAGAAGAUGCUAAAUUCAGUCCGUGUUUGUCUUUGUGUUCUGCUUUUGCAUGAAGCAGUGUGAAAUUUCUAGUGACUUGCCUCAUUGUCUUUGAUGUAUUCUUGUGGUGCUUCAAAGUCAUCAAUAAAUACUAAAGUAUCUGUAUA